CAGCAUCUGCUCGACUUAAUUUGUUGUUCUAUCGUUUUUGCAGUGGUUGUUUUCUAAUAAUAUUGCUCUUAAUUUUUGUGUGAAAUUUUUAAUAAAGUAUUAAAAUGAGGCAAUCUAUCAUUAAUUUAGCCAAAGUUUCUCCAAAAUUGAAGGAGUUGCGUAUUCACCUUUGCCAAAAAGGAGAGACUUCCAAGGGAGCAAGAGAAUUCGUGGAGAAAUUCUAUCCUAAUCUUAAAAAGGAGAACCCAGAUUUGCCAAUCUUAAUCCGUGAAUGCUCUGGAAUUCAGCCACGCUUAUGGGCACGAUACGCUCUGGGUAAAGAAAGUUCAGUACCUUUGACAAAUCAGUCUGCAGCAGAAAUCCAAAAGCAAUUGGAUGCUGUAGCAAAAGCGUAAAGCUCAAACGAAUUAUAGCGAAUUAAAACAAAUAUGUAUCUACCAUAAAAAAUAAAAUAUGCUUCACACAUAACUUUGAA